UAUAGCUAACAGAGUAAAUUUACAAUGGCAGGCACUAAGCUUGUAGCUCUUGGUUUUGUUGUCCUGUUGAGCAUUGGACUUGCUAGUGCUGCAAGAGUAGAAAGAUACUCUGCUUCCCAAGGUUCAGGCACGGGAGGUGGAGAAGGGGCAGGAUAUGUAAAUGGUGGGGGAGCUGGGGCAGGACUUGGGGCUGGAUCUGGUAGUAGUGGUUCUAAUGGUGCCCAUGCAAGCGGUGGAGGAGGCGGCGGAGGUGGUGGUUACAGCAAAUACGGUGGUUCAGGGUAUGGUAGCGGUUAUGGUACAGGCUCAGGCUCUAGCCAAACUGCCCAAAAUGGAUAUUAUGGUUAUGGUGGGUCAUCUAGUGCUGGCGGUGCCGGUGCUGGUGGGGGUGCUGGUCAAGCGGGUGGUUACUGGCCAUCUUACGGUCGUGGAUCUGGUAGCGGUACCGGCUCGGGCUCUAGUGUAUCUAACAAUAACCACUAUGGUCAAUACGCGAAUGCAAAUGCUGGAGGCAAUGGCAACGGUAACGGUCAAGGCCAGUACGGUGGCAGUGGUCAUGGUGUAGGUGCUGGAGCUGGAUACGGUGAUGCUACUCCUUAAUUUCCUUUGCAAAGGAAACUCCAUACAUGAAGCCUACCGCGUUUUGUAUCAUGUCUACGUAGUAGAAUUUGUUCUCAUACAUCUUUAUUUGUUUUAUGUGUUGUGCAACAAGAAAUAAAGGGCUUCGUUGA